GAAGUACUGUUUACCAGAGCUGUUUUACGAUUUUUUCGGCUUUUGGCAUCUAUAGAGAGGGUUUUUCAUUCAUCCUCUUGAAUUUUUAAUUUUUUAGAAAAAAUAAUAUUGGAGCAUUAGUUUUCUUGAGCCGACGAAUUCGGUCAAAAAACUUAUCCGGUCGUUUCUGCCUGACGUUAGCAGACGGCAGACGCAGAUGUAAACAUGGCGUUAGCUUCCAGGACCUUAAAAUGUAUUAGAAACAUCAAUAGAAACGUUUCGUAUCUAACUCAACACACGAGAGUUACCCCUAAUAGACAGAACGUGUCGAGAAUUAUAUGCAGAUAUUAUGCUCGUACUGUCUUGGUCAAAACUGGAGAUGUGGCUGAGAAAAAACAACGAGAUCCGGCUAUGUUCUUUUUCAACGAUGAUGUCCAGAGUUGUCUGCUUGAAAUGAACCUGCGCUAUGCAUCAAAGGUUUUUGAGCCACGAAAAGAAGGCCAGGAGCUAGCCCCUGCAGAACUUAAAUUUCUGACAGAAGAAGAAUUGGAAGAGGCACGACAAAAAGCUGCUGAAACUUCCAUUUAUUAUCUCCAGUUGCCGCCAGUGCUCCAAGCACAUCAGGAAACUGUUGAAAUCCUUUCUAAAGAUCCAGAAUUGCAAGGACUAGAAGAAUCCAAAAUAUUGGCCAUAGAUAUUUCUUUUGGUGUUCCUGACAGGGAGAGACUUAUCGUGGCCCGAGAUUUAGAUGGAACCUUGCGCCAUGCAAGCAGAGAGGAGCGAAGUCGUAUGAUUCAGACAUACUUUCCAGAUCCAUCAAGAACUCUGGAACCUCCUGCACUAUUCUCUCCCAAAAACCUUCUGUCCCUGCUAGAGAGGUCAGAAUUUGAAUUUAUUCUGGACAGAGCAUGUGCUCAGUUUGAACCAGACGAUGUUGAAUAUGUAUCCAUAACAUCUCAAACCUAUGAUUACAUAGAGGAAAAUGGAAAGUUUGAAUAUCUUGUUGGAACAAGACACUAUGGCUCAUUGGCCUUCUACUUAGCUUUCUAUGGGAAAUUGGAUAGAUUCUUAAAUCAUUGCAUUUCUUCGCGGAGAAUUGAAGACGCAGUAUCUGCAGUUAAUGUCUUUUACCUGUGUAGACCUAGUAUUGUAGAUUACAAGAAACCUUCAUCGCCUGAUGACUCAGAUUUUAUCAAGGCAUAUAUCACCUCGCAUGCCAAAGAAAAAGGAACUUUAUCAAUGACUCUGAAUGCUUAUCUGGAGUUACAUCUACCCACAGCGGCAGAUGAAGCCAAACUUAGCAGUUAAGUUUGUUCAUGUAUUUUUCACAUCUUGUUAUAAGUACUCAUGUCCAAUAAACAACUUUCAAUUA